GCGGCUGGGAAAGUACAAGAGCCCUUCCCUGACUGGAGGAGUCUUGCUUUCGUUGUGCCACUGCCGAGGCUGCCUAUUCUCCCACCUCAGCACCCCCAGGUAAAUGAGCAGAAAUCUUGAAAAGGAGAGAACACGGCAGGAACAUUUGGAAAGGACAUGGCUCAGAGAAGGGUGCAGAACAAGGAGGCCACUCCCUACCUUUAUGUCCCCUGCCUAAAAGAUUCUUACAUUUUCAAAGUGGUUCUUCUGGGAAGCACGGCUGUAGGAAAGUCAAGCCUAGCCUAUCGUUAUGUGAAGAAGGACUUCCGGGACUCUCUGCCUACCGUGGGCUGUUCCUUCUUCACGCAGGUUCUAAGUUUGGAUAACACCACAAUUAAGCUUGAGAUCUGGGACACUGCAGGCCAAGAGAAGUACCAUAGUGUCUGCCAUCUCUAUUACAGAGCGGCGAAUGCUGCUGUUCUGGUUUAUGAUAUAACGAGGAAGGAAAGUUUGGAGAAAGCAAAAGUGUGGCUGGCAGAACUGGAGAAGGAAUUCCUUCCUGAUGAAAUAAUUAUAGCUUUGGUUGGCAAUAAACUGGACCUUUCUGCUGAACGGGAGGUCACAUUACAGGAGGCAAAGGAUUUUGCACAAACGAAGAACCUGCAGUACAUGGAAACCUCUGCAAAAUCUAAUUACCAAGUGACAGAACUCUUCGUGUCUCUGGCUCAUGAAUUGUUAAAACAAGAACAACAGAGAGAGAAGACAUUUCAAUCAACACAAUGGAAGAGAUCACGUGUUGAUCUGCGAGAAACAAGUUUUCCCCAAACGAAAUGCUGCCAAGCAAUCUGAGAUUAGUUGUUCCGUGUGGCUGGGGUUGCUGCUGCAGUAAAAAAUGGAAGCCUCCUCCUCGAAGCCGGAGGGUUUGCUCUG